GCGCGUCCGCCCGCUGUGCAGGCUGGGAUAGCAUCCGGGUCGGCCUGUUGGGGUGAGCCGCAGCGAGUUGUUUCCCUGCUAGGAGAAGGCCCCGAACCCGCCCGGCACCAUGGCGAUGCAAGCGGCCAAGCGAGCCAACAUUCGGCUGCCUCCUGAAGUCAAUCGGAUUUUAUAUAUCAGAAACUUACCAUACAAAAUCACAGCUGAGGAAAUGUAUGAUAUUUUUGGAAAAUAUGGACCUAUUCGGCAAAUCAGAGUUGGAAACACUCCAGAGACUAGAGGAACAGCAUAUGUAGUUUAUGAAGACAUCUUUGAUGCCAAGAAUGCUUGUGAUCAUCUGUCAGGAUUCAAUGUGUGCAACAGAUACCUUGUUGUCUUGUACUACAAUGCAAACAGGGCAUUCCAAAAGAUGGACACAAAGAAGAAAGAAGAGCAGCUGAAACUUCUCAAGGAGAAAUACGGAAUAAACACAGACCCACCAAAAUAAAGAUGGGCUUUCUGAAAGAUUAUUUUAACCCUUGCCACGGUGUUUUCGGACUGAACCUCGUAAGGACUGUUAAUCAAGUCUGAUUAUUUUCAUUUGACCCUUUUACUUCUAUGCCUCGUGUAUAGACUAUUCAUUUUGAAGCUUUGAUAUUUUAAGUUUGGAAUUUAGUAAAUAAAUUUAGUUCACUUUUGGAUUUGGUCUAAAUUACUUAACUUUUAGUAAUUCCAUUAAGUGGACACACUUUUCCUAGAUAGCAAGGAGACCUCAUCAUUGCUGCAUAACUGUAGUGUCUGUUUCCAGUAAUAUGACCAAGUUUUUUAUUCAGUCUUGGUGACAUUCCUCACCCUAGAUAGCUUGUACUAGACUCUGUGCACCACUUAGCUUUCAUUUUUAGGGUAAGUGGCCUUGUGUGGACGCUCUACAUAAGAGUGAAUUUCAUCUCAUAUAUGUAUAAAAAUCAGACACUAUAAACAAAUGGGGAAAAAACCCACAAUUUUUGUAUAGAAAAGGGUUCAGUAUAUUUUGACACUUCUCAAAUAUUUGUGCUAUUAUAUCUAAGUUACUGUUUUUCUCCCUAUGGGAAUGUUUGGAUCAACCUAUCCUUUUUGUUAUAGGGAACUUCUGUUUGUUAUAAGGUUGUUUCUUAUAUGAAACAAAAAUUUCUCUGUCUUGUGUAACUCUUCUCUUAGACUGGAGGCAGUAAAUAGAGGUCUGGAUUAUGAGUCAUAAACAUGAAUUGCCCCUAAAUAUAUCCAACUGUCUAGUAGAUGGUUUUCUAAGAAGUCAUCUUGUUGCCAGUGACUCGUUAAAAGGAGGGUGCAGGGUGGAAAGCUGAUGUAUUGUAUUGAAGCAGGUCUUGGUGGGGGAGUGUUAAUAAAUAACUUGAGACUGUUUUGGCUUAUAGAUGCUGAUACAUUUAAAGACAUGUUUUGCCAAAUGUAAAUGUUAAUGUAAUGUAGACAUGCAUCCGACGAAGUGGGUAUUUACCCACGAAAACUCACGUCUGUUAGUCUAUAAGGUGCCACAGGACUCUUUGCUGUAAUAUAGACAAAGAUCCUUUAGGGUGGUGAAUCACCAUAAAUGAGUAUUUAAACUUAACAUUUACUAGCCAAUGCACAAAAUUUGCUUACUUGCUCUUAGUUUGAUCAGGGAAUAAAACUAACAUUUGUUUACCUAAAAGUUGCUUGUGUACAAGUUUUGUAAACGUUCCUAUAUGCCAUGUUAAUUUAUUGAUAACCUCUUUUCUCUUUAACAUGUUGCAGAGAUUAAAAGAUGAGUAUAAACAUCAUCAAACCAAUGAUUAAAAUUUGGGUAAGAUUUUACAUAGUGCCCAUCAUGAUGGUAUCUGUAUGCCUACCUCCCAUACUACCUUAAAUGCUGACAUCUGUG